AUGCAAAAUUUCAUACCUCGCUACUUCUAUUAUCAAAAAUUAAGUCAACAUAUGAAAAUUAGAAAAACUUUGGAUCGUGAAAAUAGAAAACCUAAGAAAUGGCUAUAAAAUUACUUUGUUCCAUUUAUUCCAAAAUGGACUCAGAGAAUUGUUGACAACAAAAAGAAAUCUAUCUUUUUUCUUCUUUGUUUGGGAUUGUUCACUUAUUACGAAGGAUUCUAAUGUAAAAUCGCAUUUUUAUUAUUUUCAGAUCUGCACCAUAAAAUACUUUAUCGAGAGCCUUUUAAAAGCAAAUUGGAUAGAUGGAUUUUCAAAGUUAAAAAUCUACCAAAGUAAUCCUUAGUAGAAUUCUAACCAAUUACAACUCUGAACCAGAAUACUAUAGAGUAAUUGAAAGAGAUAUAUUUAAAAUAUGAAUCGGAAAUGAAAUAUGGAAUGUCUCGUAAAUUAAUGUUUGAGGUUUAUGAAUCUCUUAAUUUGUUCUAAAAGGAUGAGGAGAGAAUCGGAUUCUAUAGACAAUCAGGAUAUUAUAAAAAGAGAAAUUAAAAGGUUUCAAGCGUGCAUUUCCAAUAAUUUGUGAAAAUAUUCGAGGAUGCUUUGAAAAAAUUGAAUAAAAAAGGGAAUACAAUUACAGAAUCAGAAUUAGUUUCCUAAUUUAUUUAAUUAUGUUCAGAUAAACAGAGUGAAAAAUGGGAGAACAAAAUCUAAUAGAAGCGAGCAGAGUUUGUAAAAUUGCUUCCUGAGUUGCAAGAUUAAAAAUAGGCGUUAAUUAGGUAGAUGCUAAGUGAGAAUCCAUAUGUAACUGAAGAGCACAUUCAAUAGGAACUUGAGAACAAGGGACUCUAUGGUUUGGGAACGAAGGAUAAACUAUAGAUUUAUGAUCUUCAGUUGUCACUUCAUAAAGUUCUGUUGGAUAGCAAAAAGGCAAAAUUAUACAAUAGCAUGCUUUUCGGGUAGUCGACUUUGAGUGCGCAAAAGGAGAAAAAGUUGAGGGACAAGAUAAUGAUUGAGGAGGAGAAGGUGAAUCAACUUCAAGCCAAGAGAAAUGAAGUUGCUGAAAAAGAUAUUUGA